CCGAGCUCAAAAUCGAUGUUGCUUGUAAAACUUCAAGUCUUUUACGAUUUAGUUUUAUUUUAAACGUUAAAGCGAUCACUUGAGCGAUUUUCAAAGAAGCGGCCAUUGUGAAUGCAGAUGAUUUUUUAAAAAAUUGUGAUAAUAAAACGAAAAAAAAAUUGUUUGGCACGCAUCUGGAAAAGAGAUCUACGGAGAAACAUAAAAAAUCGAAAAGAAAUACUAAUAAAUAUAAAAAACACAAAUUGUCGGAAAAAGUAGCAAAAGAAAAAAAAAACAACACCAAAAAAUUUUGUAUUUUUUUGUGAGAAAUUUCUUUCUUGCCGUUAGAAAAAAAAAAGAAAACAGAAGCAGGGCAAAACGUUUAGCCACCGCACACACAUACCGUUACCACAAACAAAAAAACAAACAAAGAGAAGAGGCAACAGCAGCAACAACAAAAAGCCAGCGAUACACCGGCAAUAUGAAUUUCAUUGUGAUUGGCAUGCUAAUAAUGCAGGCUGCAAGAUUGGCUUGCGGGACAUGUGUUUUAGAAUCCGAUUUUGGUUUUAUACUCAAUUGUAAUUUCAAAAAAUCUGGACUAUUUCGGGUCAGAAAUUUGGGCGGCCUUAAGGCGCACUUUGGUUUAGGUUUCAGUCUGGGCGAUGAACUAGGUUUCCCCGAAUCCUUGGGCAAUGUGGAAGGAGGUCGCCGCCGUUCAAUUGGCUACAAGAAUGGACCACCACCAAAUGCCGUUGGCGUUUUGCCAGCCAAUCAACAGCCCUCUGCCCAAUCCUUGAUGGAUAAACGCAUCCAGUCCCGUUCACCCAUGGUCCUUAGUCCCGAACUAAAAGAAUCUCUGCAGAAGCAGGCUAAAGCAGCGGCAGCUGCCGAACUCAUGGCCCGUAAAAAUGCCGGAGCCGAUAAUCUGGCCAGGCAACAGGCGCUGAAUGAAAUGUUGGUACAACAAAAACGCCAAGCGGAGUUGCGAGCGCAACAGGCAGCUCUUCGAGAAUUGGCGGCGAAGAGAGCACAACAAAAACCCCUCAUGACCGAGGCCAGACCUCUGCCGUUGGGUGUUCCCGCCUUUAAACCCAUACCUCAAAAACAGCUACCGGCCGUGUCCUUUACGCCGCAUCAACAAAAUCAAUUGGCUGAACGUCGGUCCCAAAGUGUAGCCGUCGAUACCCCCAAUUCCCGAAUGAGUGUCAACAACAAACUGGUGGACACAUACACCCAGCAAUUGAACAACAAUCGCACUUUCCAUCCCCACAAUGCGGUGAUGAUAUCCAAACCCAUGACUGUGCCAGCCUUCCAGGCAAUGCCAAGUUCGGUGAAUAAAAUAACGUCUGUCCUCAAGACUCCCACACCCUCAGUUGCCACAGCCGCCGCCUCUGUUAACCAUCCAAAUUAUCUGCAAUUUGAGGAACCCAAAUUCGAUAUGAAGGACAUCACAGUGGAGGAACUGGCCAAGGCGGCCAAUGUCAGUGUGGACACCAUCAAACAUGCCAUCUAUGUCAGGGAACAACAACUAAAGGCCGAACAUCGAGCCAUGUUGGCGGCUAAGUUAAGGGAGGAAUUUAUGAGAACAUCCACCUCGACAAGUUCUACGACCAGCACCACGACAACCACAACUACUACCUCAACGACGACGCCUAGGCCUCAACCCCACUUUGUCGAGGAGAGCAAUUUUGUUCAAGCGGAAAGUAAAAAAUCCAAGGUCAUGAAUGCCCCCAAGGAAUACUAUCCUGUGGGUUAUGAUAAAAAUUUCGAUGACAAUUUCAAGUCCAAAGUGGACCUACCUCCCACAUCGUUUUCGUGUGCCAAACAGAAGCAUUUCCCUGGCCUGUAUGCCGAUACGGACUUGGGGUGUAUGGUCUUCCACGUCUGUGCCCUGACCGAUGAUGGCAUGGUUCGCAAAUCCUUCCUCUGCCCAGAGAACACCUUAUUCGACCAAACGAUUCUGAAAUGUAAUUGGUGGUUCUAUGUGGAUUGUGCCUCCUCGAAGAGUGUCUACGAUUCGAAUAUUCCCAUUUCGAAAAGUUAUCAACUGAUGAAAUCACUCACCUAUUUCUCCAAGUACAAUAAACAGGGCAGUGAUGAAGAGGGUAUCAGCAGUGAUGGUCGUGGUGUGGGCGGUGGCUUGGAUAUCCAGAGUCUAAAGGAGAGUAUGGAUGAGGAAAAUCGUAAAACAACAACACCCAGUGAUAGAAGUGACGAUGACGGAGCUGAGUUGAGCAAAUAUGUUAACUCACAACUAAUGGACGAGCAUUCGAAGCAAGAGUCAUAAGCAUACUUUUAGGCGUAGACAAAUAAAUUCAGUAGUCGUCAAGUUAGUUAUUUUUUUAAGGAAUUCGAAAACUUCUGCUAAGGCUUUGUGUUGAAAAAAAAAACAUUUUUAAAAAAUUUUCAUAUUUUAGUAAAAUUGUAUUUUUCUUCCUCAAAAAAAAAAAAAAAAAUAGAAAAGUUUAUUUUUUCAUUUCCAUUGAAAUAACACAAAGUUUCCUAAAAAGUUUUCACUUACAACGAACCACAGUUAGAACAAUUUACAAAUGCUGUCGAAAAACGUUUAUAAAGAACAGUUUGGAAAUAAAAAUUUCGAUUCAUUACAAAAAGGUUAAUUGGUUUCAUGGCGUUGGGUUUGUGGCUUCUAGGGAGAAAUAGUCGUCCUUUUGGAAUCGUUAGUUUGUUUCCAAAACACUGUUCGAUAUAAGCGAUUUUCAAUGGCAUUUACCGCUCAUCAUGUCUAUGUAAUUAAGUUUCGUUUUCUUUUCGUUUGUAGUUUAAAUAUUUUAUAGUAUUUUUUUUUUUUUUUUUGUUUCAUUAAAACCUAUUUUUGUUUAAUUAUAUUUUUUUAAAUACUGUAAAAAUAUGUAAGUGCGUGUGUUAACAUUUUGUGGAUGU